AUGGAGUGGAUCACGGUAGAUCAGCUCGACCACUCCCUGAGGACCUGCCAUCUCACACGGAGAGCCCUCGAUCCCCAGGGUAUGGAGCGUUCCUCGGAGAGGGAGCCACUGCCCGCAUCAGCAGCGUUGGUGGCCCCGAGUGCCGCUGGAACCUCUUCAAACGCCGUAAACAUGCUUCUAGGAAAGAGGAGCUCCAACAGACAGGCGAUCGGGGUCCCGAGAAGAAGCAAUAGAGGCAGGUCUGGUGCCGCUUCUGUGCGGUCACGGGGACGGGGUCGGAGGGCCAAGAUGGCGCGGAAGCGGGUUGGGAAGUGGAACGACGAGGACCGGGACUUGGCAGAGCUCGAGAUGGCUGGACUGAUCAUCCAAGAGCAGCAGGAGUUCGUGGAAGGCUACGUGCAAGAGCGGAGACGCUACCUCAGUCGCCGGGUUUCGGCUCAACGGGACGGUCACGGAGGGUUCCAACGCGAGGAGGUGCCAACCGGACCUGGUGGAAGGUGGUCGAAAAAGGCCAUGGAAGCAAAAAAAGCGGAAUUCAGCGAGGCAGUCAACCGUACGAAAGUAGUGCUCAAGCUCCUGGAGGCAAAGACCGCCGCCUCGAGUCUACCCCAGCCCAGCGGCGGCGAUGGAGAUGCUGCCGGAGGUACGGCCGGCGCCGUGGGCAGGAACCCUAGCGGGGACUCCCCAGGCGUUCGCGGCGACGGAUCACACCGUCGCCGAGACCCCCAACACUCUCCACCCAAGGCUAACAACGAUCGAAGAAUAAAAAGUAAAGCUUGCGUCAGUGAUGACAAGCGUGAAACGUGGGACAUGAAGAAGGUUCUACGGACGGCCACAGAGGCGUACAGCGACCGGGUCGGCAAGCAGGGGGGGGGAGCGACAAGGAUCAACGCGAACAGACAAUCCGGGGCCGGCUGUGGGGCAACGGCGGUAGGAAGAGGCGGAGAGAGAGCCAGGAUGUCUGCCGCCGCGCAAACGGUCCAGGUAGCGUUUCGGCAACGAAUGUUCCACCGGUUCGUCUGGGCGCAGGCCUAUCUGCGCGGCCCCACGCACGCAUACGAGGUCUUCAAGCGUUGCCUUCCCAUGCCACGCGGCGGCGGCGGCGGAAAUUUCGCAAGCGCCGCCACGCCGCACCACCCCCCUCCUCUUCGACCUGCUGCGCUCGCUGACGUGGCCUCAGCCGCGGUCAACCUCGUCGACGCGUGGCCAGAGCUCCCGGGAUUUUGCCCGUCCUUCCCUCACCACGUCCAUGCUGCGGACCCGAUCUUUCUCCGAUACCUUCGUUCUUGCACUCCUAAGAGUUAUGAUAUCUCCUUCUCCAGCGCUACUACUACGACGCAGGAGGAAGGAACCGAAACGGGGAAGACUCCACCAACGGCGUCGGCGUCAACCGGGGCUGGGGUAUCUUCUCCUGGUCGUCCUCCGCAGCAGACGCAGCAGCAGCAGCAAAACCAGGAGUUUGCUGAGGCUUUCGAGCGAAAAUACCACAUCCGCACGGCCGCUGUCCGCGGCAUGUACGUCGACCUUCGGGUUCCGUUCCUCCCGGGCGCCCUCGACGCCGCCUUGGAAGACUUGGAGCAGACCAUUGCGCGGGACAGCGCCCCUCCGGUUGAGGGGGGUGCCAAGAAUCGUCGUCGCCAAGUGGACACCGUUAGCAGCGGCGUACGGCUUGCUUCGCCACUCCGUGGUAGCGGUGGUGGUACAGCGGGUGGCAAGGGCAGGGUAGGACAGAAUCCCCACGGGGGCAGGUUGAGCUUUGCAAAGUGGUACCCGUGGUGGAUUCGGCACCUUCCGUUCGAUCCUGCUUCGACCGGAUGCCUGCUGAAAACAGUGCGUUGCGCUAAAGCGUUGCACGCCUCAGAAAUCGCUAAUCACAAUGCUGCAAGACAGCUCUUGGAUAGCGAUAAAACCCUUUAG